CCCAUCGACAGCGACUGCUCGAGAUGACUGCCGAGACCCUGACCCCUGGCGCUGCCUCGUGUGGAUCUCGUCGGAUCUCGGGCUGAUCCUGAAUUCUCUCCUACGAUGGCGCGUCACGUCGCGUGCCACCGAGUGUGGGCGAUGACGACCCGCAUGUGCAGAUCUCCGGCGUUCCACUCAUGCACAAGGCAGCUGACGCUCGCACAGGCAGCAGCAGGACCUGCUCCGAGCCCGCCUGCUUCACUCGCGGCUGCGUCGUCCCGUCUUAGUGGCGCCGCUCAUCUGCAGCACCGCCCGUCCCGGCGGUCCUUUCAUUCAUUCGCGGACCGUCGCGGGCCCUCUGCAGCCCUCUCCCCAGCCUCUCUUUCCCUCCCUUCUUCCCACACUGCCAUCCCCCUUCGGCGCGUCGACUCAGCUUUGCCACCGGGGUGCAAGGACCUGGUGGUGGGGUCUUGCCGGACCAUUUUGGGCGUGAGGAGGCAGGUGACCGCUGAGGACAUCGAGAAGUGGCAGGAGGAUAUGAAGAAGCAGCCAGGGUGGAUUCCGCCCCACGAGUACAAGCCCAUGCCAUUUUCGGGCGACUGGAUCUACAACAUUGUGCGUGAGAAGGACCGCAAGUGGGUCGAGCUGAUCAGGCUGCACGUCCCGAUGCCCAUCCUGCUGCUAUGGUUCCCCUCCGCCUUCGCCAUGGCGCUGGCCGAGCCCACAGGCGUCCCUCCAGACGCGGCAUCCAUGGGACUCUUCUUGCUCGGCAGUCUGGCCAUGCGCUCCGCUGGCUGCAUCAUCAACGACUUGUGGGACAAAGACAUCGACAAAAAGGUGCCUGCCGCCAGCCGACCAACAGCUGUGGCCAUCCAGGAAUACUCAACACACGCCUGGAUACGUGUGUGUGGGGCAUGCAGGUUGAGCGCACAAAGAACCGGCCCAUAGCGUCGGGCAGAGUGUCCGAGAGAGAAGGUCAGGAGGGCGGGGGCGGGGGGGGAGGCACCUUUGUCUGUCAUCACCCUGACAUUGGUUGUGUAUUGGAUGUGCAGCUAUGGCUGUUCUGGCGGGCUGCCUGGGUGUUGGGGCUCUCGUGCUUGCGCAGUUCAACACCUACUGGUACAAAAAUAGCGAACUAACUCGCCUUGUUUCGUGUCGGAUCGGGCCUGUUUGUGUGGUGUUUGUCGGUCAGCAUCUUGACGACUCUGUCGUCAGUGGGUCUUGUGGUGGUGUAUCCGCUGAUGAAGCGCUACACCAACAUGCCCCAGAUGUUCCUCGGGCUCACUUACAACUGGGGCGUGAUGGCGGUACGCUCACCACACAACGGCCGAUCGGCCGUUGCCAAUGGGGCACACACACCAUCACGUGACGCUUCUUUCUCUAUAUGGUUGUGUGUUGUGUGUGUCAGGGUUGGUCGGCAAUACGGGGGUGUUUGGACCAGCCCGAGGUGUGGAUACCGCUGUACGCUGGCUGCGUGUGCUGGACCAUUGUGUACGACACCCUCUACGCUCACAUGGACAAGGAGUGGGACAAGAAGAUCGGCGUCAAAUCCACCGCACUCCUCUGGUUGGUACCCACGGCCGAUGGAUGACUGACUGACGUAAGGGCUCCCGUGUGUUGUGUGUAGGGGAGAGGAGGCUCCGAAGAUGAUGUUCGGCUUCACGGCCUUGAUGGGCUUUGCCUGGGUAUUGGCGGGAGUCAACAUUGGCAUGGGGGUCAGUACGCUACGCUAACCACACUCCCACUCAACGCGCACACAACAAACACAGCAGGCAGGAAGAGAGCCUCUCCCGUGUGUGUCACUCACUGCCACAGGGUAUCUCCACCCCAUAUUACCCCUGCAUCGCGGGGGCAUGCGCCGUGUCAAGCUGGCUGGUACGCCUCAACAGACACACACACGCACUCCAACAUAGAUAGGGUCAUCCUGAGUAUGUGUGUAUGUGUGCCAUUUGUCCACUUCAAAACCUGGGCAUCCAUCCAUUAGAUCGCCUCGACUAAGUACAAUCGGCCGGAGAUGAUCCCGCACAAGUUCCGCAAGUUCGGCGUCGUAGGCGUGCUCAUGUUGACGGGGUGCAUCGGCGGCACCCUCCUCGCCCCCAAACGGAAGCACGAGUUCGACCUCGAGGCCAAGAGGGAGGCGGAGGCCAAGGUGGCCGAGAAGGACAAGGUCGUCCGGCCCACCAAACCCGAAGGGCCGCCGCCAAAGCUCGAUGAAGACGAGGAGGCCAACUAUGUCAGGGCCACCACUGACCGAGAGGCCGAGGAAGAGGCCGAUGACGAGGCGGCGGGGAGGGCCAGGAAGGCGCCAGCGGGCAGCCUGGCCGUUCAGCUCAUCAAGAAAGCCACUGGCACAUCGUCAACCGGUCAGACACACAGGCAGACGCACAUGGAGGGCACACAGAUGGUCGAUGCACCUCUGUCCUGCUGCAGGCUCUGAAGAACGCCGUGCCUUCCGACUCCCGUGACGACACGUGUCUCUGAUGGAUGGAUGGACCUGGGGUGUGUGCAGACUAGUGAGGGAGGGAGUGCAUGUGCCUUUGCACUUUUGCCAUGUGGCCAUGGCCCAGCCACACAAUUUGGAUGCGGACGUGGGAGUCAGGUCAUGCAACAUGGGUGGAGAGGCAGACAGCGGAGGGGUGCUUGUGUGAUGUUCUGACAUGUGCGAUCGGACGAGGCGACGGAUGUAGAUGCUCGACCCGCGGCAGUGGAGGUUACUCGUUGGCCCGUUUUCUCGGUUGCCUGCGAGUGCCCUUCUCUGGCAACGGCUGAGCCAACUUCCGGCCGUGUCCCGCUUAUCUGAGACAAAAAACGACUAAACGCAUGCGUUUACCUCAUGAGGUAAAUCCUUGAAC